AUUGGAAAUGGAAAAUAGAGAGAUGGAUGGAUCCCCUUCUUCUUAGGCUUUUCUACUAAGAUGGGUUUUGCUGCUCUUUGGUAAUCAUGAGUUCUUCAGCCAUCAUUACCUCUCUUGAAUCUUUCUCUCACUCACUCUCACACACACACACACAGAGAGAUAGAGAGAAAGAGAGAGAAAUAUACUCGAGUAUUUGAUGACAGGAAGAAGGGAACACACAUGGAUGCAUUCUGUAAAAACAUCAAUAUAAAACAACCACCCUUCCUCUCAUAAUAUUAUAACUCCAUCUACUUCAAUCUUCCUUCCUUCCUUCCUUCAUCAAAUAAUAAUAUCAUUCGAAUCAUGUGUAUUGGCCGUGGUGGCACAGCAGGAGGAGGAGGAGGUAAGAUCAUUGGAGAAAGGAUAAGAUUAAUCAAACGUUAUAAGCUUCGAGUUCGCAGGCUUAGCAGCAGGCAGGGGCAGGGGCAGGGGAUGAGAGAAAGAAUUAGAGGAGAGGUUGAUAUUGGAGAAAUAAAGAGAGAAAAGGAAAUGGAGAUGCAGAACUUGAAGCUGUACAUGGAGAACAUGAGUAUUCUAGAAGCAAACAACAUGUUGAGGAAGAAAGCAGCAAUUCUUUAUCAAGAGAAUGUUGCUUUAAUGUCUCAAUUCCACAACAAAUUCCCAUCUCCCAACACCGACAUCCAAUGAUCACUCUUCGAAAUGAAUCAGAUAUUACCCAUGUAAUUGACUCUGCUUGUAUUUUCUUUCUUUCAAUUUCUCUGUUGCUUGGCAAUUGGCAUAAAUCUAUUCAAUUACUAGCUGAUCAGCAAAUUAAGAUCAUAUGACACAUGCUUAAUAACUUGUCUAUUUC